AGCAAACGUUGAUAUUUUUAGAAAAAAAAUUAAAUUUUUAAUGAGAAAUAAAAAUAUCAGGUUAUACAGCAACGCAUGCGUAUAAAGCUUCAUGUAACGCACACUUCCGUUUGUGUCGUUCACGUCUCUUUCUUUUAAACAAUCAAGAUGGUGAACGUGCCAAAACAGAGGAGGACUUUUUGUAAAAAGUGUAAGGUGCACAAAACGCACAAAGUCACUCAAUAUAAAAAAAGUAAAGAGCGGCAUGCAGCUCAAGGAAGACGACGGUACGACAGGAAACAACAAGGGUUUGGUGGUCAAACCAAACCCAUCUUCAGGAAGAAAGCAAAAACAACUAAGAAAAUAGUUUUAAGAAUGGAGUGCACAGAGUGCAAAUUCCGAAAACAAAUCCCACUAAAAAGGUGCAAGCAUUUUGAACUGGGAGGGGAUAAGAAAAGAAAGGGUCAAAUGAUCCAGUUUUAAGGAUCAACUUAAGAUUUGAAUUGUAUUUCCUAAAAACAAAAUAAAUUCCGUUAAAUUAAUUUACUUA